AAAUCGUUUAAAAUUGGAUCGGAUUGAAUUUUUUUUAAAGCAUCCAAUCCAAACCGCACCGCAACUAAAAUUAGUGUUCGAAUCGAAUGAGUUUUUACUCAAAACCGAUCCAAACCGCACCGCGAAUACCCCUACUCCUGUCACCUAAUCGUAACCUUGGCCCUAAAAUUAAGAGCACCGACUACCUCCACUCACACACACGUCCAGGCAAGGGAACAAACGAAGGAAAAGAUACAGAAAGAACGAGAGAACAGAGCACCGAGAAGAAGAAUGAGAAAGAAUAGGGGUGAAGAGGGAGAAGAGCUCGGUGAGGGAGAGCGCCAAAGCAAGAAGGAGAAGAUGGCGGCGGCAGGGAGAGGAGCCGCCGCGAGCUGAAGAACAAAGAGUGAAGGACGAGAGAGAGAGAGAGAGAGGGCGAGCAGAGAAGAAGAACGAGAGAGAGAGAGGGGAAGGAAGAAGAUGAAGGAGAGGGAGAGAGCGGCGACGGCGAGCCAUCGCCACGCCGUCAUCGAGGCCGCCGUUGAAGAUGCUGGAGCUGCCGCUCUGCUGUUUUCCACCCUGCCGUUUAUACAGCUCUCCCCUGUUCUGCGACGCCUUGUUCCACCCACGGAGCUGCUGUCAGCAACGUCGUCUUCCGCUGAAGCCGUUUAUGGUUCUGCCACCGCCUUGAGCCACUGCUGCUCUGCUGUCCUGUCCGUUCUGCCAGCUAAAGAAGCAUGGCUAUUCCUAUUCCUAUACCCGAGUUCUUGCAAGAAUAUACGGUCAACUUGGUUGCUGAGUAUGUAACAAAUCAACUAGACUAUGUGUGGAAUUAUGAGAAGAAGUUUGACGACCUAAGCAGAGUUGUUAAGGAACUCCAGGAAGAAAGAGACAGGGUGCAUGAUAAAGCUGAGGAGGAGGAAGAUCGAUAUGGGAGAGAAAUAUACAAUGAUGUUAAAGUGUGGUUAGAUCGGGUAGAUGAAGUGAUUUCUGAAUAUGAAAAGUUCAAAGAGGAGCACAGAAAAAAUGGGGAGUAUCCCCUUUCUUUGUCAAAUCUGGAGACAAGGCAUAGUCGCAGCAAAACAGCCCAAGAUAUUAAAGACAAGAUUAGAGAUCUACAACAGGAAAAGCAUGAUAGCAUAUCUCAUUGUCAGGGUGCAUCUUCCAUGGGGUUUGCAUUCGCUAAUGUUGACUAUGAGGCCUUUGAUUCGAGAAAAGAAAUCACAAGGAAUAUUACGAGAGCACUUGAAGACGCGCGCGCCAGAGCGAUCGGGAUUCACGGGCCAGCUGGUGUUGGGAAGACCACUUUGGUAAUAGAAGUUGCUAACAAAGCUUGGAAAGACAAGCUAUUCAAUGUGGUGAUCAUGGUGAAUGUGACAAAAAGUCCUGAUAUUCGAAAGAUUCAAGGGCAGAUUGCUGAAAUGCUGGGAAUGAAAUUGGAAGAGGAAAGUGAGCACGUGAGAGCACUUCGCAUACAGAAGAGAUUGAAGAAAGAGAAGGAGAAUGCGCUUAUAAUCCUUGAUGAUAUGAGUGUGAAACUAGAUUUGGAUAUGUUGGGCUUGGGGAUUGCAUCAGAGACUUACAGUGAUGACACUGACUGCCAGAAGAAUCUCAUUGUUCCGGAAGGAAGGAAAUCUUCUGCUGCUGACAAUUUUCCUCCCAACAAGAAUAAGACCAAACAAAGUCCCAAAGAUGGUUCUGCAGAGGAAAUAGAGAAAACCUCUGUGGGUUCUGGUAAGCUGAAAACAGAAGAGCGUCACAAAGGAUGCAAGGUUUUGCUUAUUUCUGAGAUGAGACAAGUGUUGAGCCAAAUGGGUGUGAAGCCAAGCUUAAUCUUCUCAGUUAAUGUCCUGAGUGACAAGGAAGCCGAGACCUUGUUCAAGAAAAGGGCUGGAAUUGUCGACAAAAAUUUUGAACUUGGAAAAGUAGCAGCUGAGAUCACCAAAAAAUGUCAUGGUUUGCCCAUGUCAAUAGUUACGACAGCAAAGGCAUUGAAAAAUCAGAGCCCCUCAGUUUGGGAGGAUACUCGUCUGAAGCUUCAAAGGCAAAGGCUAACAGGAACACCUGAGUAUUCUACAAGGUUGAGUUAUAAUCUUCUAGAAAAUGAGGAGCUCAAGCUUACCUUCUUGCUUUGUGCUAGUAUGGGUCACGAUGCUUUAAUUGCAGACUUGGUGAAACGCUGCAUUGGUUUGGGUUUUCUUCAAGAUAUCUAUACAGUAAGGGAAGCCAGAGAUAGAGUACAAUCGUUGCUUGUGAAGUUAAAACAAUCAGGUUUAUUGUCUGACAGCUAUUCAAGUGAUCAUUUCUCAAUGCAAAACCUUGUUCGCAAUGCAGCUUUGUCAAUAGCAUCCGAGGACAACCAUGUGUUCAGAUUGACAAAAGGAAAACUAGAUGAAUGGCCGGAUGAGGACAAACUUGAAAAGUACACUGAUAUUUUCUUACAGCGUUGUGGUUUCAUUGAGGAGUUUCCUAGAAGCAUAAGAUGUCCCAGGGUUAGAGUGUUUCAAAUUGACAAUAAUGAUCCACAUUUGAAAAUACCAGAUAGCUUUUUCCAAGAAAUGAAAGAACUUAGAGUUUUGAUUUUGACUGGCAUCCAUCUCUCACCGUUGCCCUCAUCAAUUGGAUGCCUGAUAAAACUCAGAAUGCUCUGUUUGGAGCACUGCAAAAUAGAUGAGAAAAAUUUGUGCAUCAUUGGAGAGUUGAAGAAUCUAAGAAUUCUAAGCUUUUCAGGAUCUGAUAUUGAAAGCUUGCCUGUUGAGUUGAAGAACUUGUCUAAGCUACAAAUCUUUGACAUAAGCAAUUGCUCCAAACUUGGUGGUAUUCCGCCUAAGGUAAUAUCAAGUAUGACCAGACUGGAGGAGUUGUACAUGAGAAACACUUCAAUUCAAUGGAAGGUUAACGGAGGACAGGAAAACCAGAGUAAAAAUGCUAGCUUAUCUGAGUUGGGGCAUCUGGAUCAACUAACAAAUUUAGACAUUCAAAUCCCAAGUGCUGUCCAUCUUCCCAAGAAUUUGUUCUUUGACAGGUUGCAAAACUACAAGAUCAUCAUUGGCUCUUCUGGGAGAUAUUCAAAGCAAGAAUUCAAAAUGCCAGAGAAGUACGAACUGGUGCGGUUCUUGGCAAUACAGCAAAAAAAUGGCUUUGACAUUCAUUCUCAGAAUGAGAUCAAGAUGUUGUUUGAAAGAGUUGAAAAUCUUCUGUUGGAAAAAUUCAAUGGCGUACAAGAUCUUUUUUAUGAGUUGAAUUUGAAAGGAUUUCCCUUUCUUAAGCACUUGUUCAUUGUAAGCAAUUCUGACAUUUGCUCCCUUAUCAACCCAAAAGACAGGAAGCACCCUGAGAUGGCUUUCCCUAAGUUAGAGUUAUUGGAUCUCUAUAAGCUCAAGAAGCUGAAGGAGAUAUGCUCAUCUUCUUGUGAACUUUCAAAACCUUCCUUUGGUAAACUGAAAAUCAUCAAGAUCAAGCUUUGCAGUGCACUGAAGAAUGUCUUCCCAAUCUCUAUGGUUGGAUUUCUAACUGUUCUUGAAACAAUUCAAGUUUCUGAAUGUAGCUCUUUGAAGGAGAUUGUUCAUGUAGAGCCUGCUCAUGAAACAACUCAAGAUUCUGAAUGUAGCCCUUCGAAGGACAUUGUACAUGUAGAGAAUAUUAUUGAAGAGGAGUCUUCAAGAUUUCCUGAAUUGCGCUAUUUGGCUCUACAUUCUCUGAAUGAGUUUAUUGGAUUUGAUCCCAUUUCAUCCGAAGGAAAGACUAGAAUACUAUUCAAUGAAAAGAUUAUGGUUUCCAAAUUGGAAAGAAUGGUGUUGUCGGCAAUCCAAAUUGACAGCAUAUGGAACGACAAGCAAAGCUCUCAUUUUCAGAAGUUGAUACAUUUGGACGUUAGUAAUUGUUGCAAUUUAAAAUAUUUAUUAUCAUUAUCUAUGGCCAAGAGUUUGGGGAAUCUUCAAAGCCUUUUCAUCAGUGAAUGUGACAAUAUGGGUUGCAUCAUCAGUCACCAAGGGCAAGGUCGUAUUGGUAAGAAGGAUAACAUCUUUCCAAAGUUGAAGAAUAUCAAAUUGAGUAACAUGAAGAGUUUGAAUGAAAUAUGGAGUUCUGUGGUCCACAUAAAUUCUUUUGGCAAGCUGGACACUUUGAUUAUUGAGAAGUGCGACAAAUUAGUCCAAGUAUUUCCAAGGUACUUGGUUGGAAUGUUUCAGAGCCUAGGUAGCUUGAGGGUUACUAAUUGCAAGUCUAUGGAAGCUAUCUUUGACCUAGAUCAUAAAAACCCAGAUGCUAAGGUUGUAAUCCGUCUGCAAGAUGUUCAUUUGGAAACACUCCCAAAGUUAGAACAAAUUUUGAGAUGGAAGAAAGAUAAGGAGGGGAUAAACUUCAGUCAUCUGCAAAAGAUGUAUGUUCAUGAUUGUGAAAACUUGGAAAAUAUAUUUCCAGUUUCGGUGGCUGAGAAUCUUGGAAAUCUUGAAUAUCUUAUGGUAUUGAAUUGCAUUCAGUUGAGGGAAAUUGUAGCUGAGGGAGAAGCAGGUGUCUCUGUUGAAUUUCCAUUUCCCAAACUAACCACUAUCAAUUUUUCAAAGCUGCCAAAGUUCAAGAGUUUCUAUCCUGGAGCUUAUACAUUAAAUUGUCCACUGCUGAAUGAGCUAUCUAUUGAACUGUGUGACAACCUAGAACUGUUCAGAGAACAGACUGCAAUUGCACAAGGAAAGCAUAUUCUUUUUCCUGAAAAGGUAAUCAAUAAUUUGAAGUCCAUGCAAAUUGAGUUGCAGCAUGCAAAGUCGUCAACUCGUUACCGAAGAGACAACUUAGAAGAGCUUCGCUUGUCUAGAUUAAAGAAAACUGAUGUUAUAUAUUCUUUCCUACAUAGCAAUCCUAAUCUGAAGAGCCUGUGGUUGAAUGGUUGUUCCUUUAAAGUUUUGAUUCCUCUUGAAAGGCCUGCUAACUUUGAAAGCUUAGGGGUUGUUCCAAAAUUGAAAAUCUUGAAGUUAACGAACUUAUUUUCUCUUGAGGAGAUUGGUUUUGAACAAGAUGUAAUUCUUCAAAGAAUAGAGUUCUUGAUUUUAAAGAAUUGUCAUCGGUUGAACACUAUAGCACCAUCAUCCGUAUCUCUCACUUAUUUGACAAAUUUGGAAGUAGUUGAUUGCAACAAGCUAAAAUUUUUAAUGUCAUUAUCAACUGCUGGAAGCCUGGGUCAGCUCAACAUCAUGAAGGUAAUUGGUUGUGAAUCUCUCAAGGAAAUUGUAUCAGAGCAAGGGAAAGAAGAUAAAGAAGAAGACAAGGGAGAAAAAGAUGAAGGAAAUGCGAGUAAGGUCAACAUUGUUUUCAAACAAUUGAAAUCUCUUGAACUUGUGUCUCUGAAGAGCCUAGAAUGCUUUUGCAACUCUCAGAGUUGUGUGUUCGAGUUCCCAUCAUUGGAGAAAUUGGUGGUGAGUGCAUGUCCCAAAAUGGAAAGUUUCUCUCAAGAAGUGAAGAGCACACCAAUUCUGCAGAAGAUAUAUGUUGUGCAUGAUAAAGAGAAGAAGAGAUGGUGCUGGAAUGGCAGUCUACAAACUACAAUAGAAUACAUGUUUGCAGAAAAGAAAUUCUUUGAAGGCAUGGAUAGGUUAAGUGUUUCUGAACAUCCUUAUCUUCAAGAAGUUUGGCAAGGUGAUAAAAAGGCUCCGAGAAAGGAUUGGUUUUACAACUUGGAAACUUUGACGUUGCAGAAUUGUGUAUUUGAAUCUCAUGCAAUUCCUGCUAAUGUUCUUUAUUGCUUGAAGAGAUUAAAAGAGCUGACUGUGCGGGAUUGCCACAAAAUAAAAGCCAUUUUUGAGAUGAAUGAUGCCAAUGUUAGGGGAGUAUUCCAAUUAAAGAAGCUGUACUUAGCCUGGCUACCGAAUGUGGCACAUGUAUGGCAAAAGGAUAAACAAGGAAUUUCCUGCUUUCAAAAUCUGCAACAAGUGACUGUCUAUGGAUGUGACAAAUUGGAAACACUAUUUCCUGCAGCUCUGGCCAAGGAUCUUAGGAUGCUUGAGAAACUUGAUGUGAAUAAUUGCAAUAAGUUGCUAGAAAUUGUUGGAAAAGAAGAGGAAGCAGCAGAAAAAACACAGAAGUUUUUGUUUCCUCAUUUAACCGAGCUGAAGCUUAAUAUGUUGCCACACCUCACUUGCUUUUGCUCUACAAUGUUCACUUUGGACUGCCCCGAGUUAGAUGUGUUAGAAGUAGUUAACUGUAAUAAGCUGGAAUUAUUUCGAAGUCAACAUGAUGCACAUGUUGAGGAUCAAGGUAGUACUUCAAUUAACAUAAAGGUUGUUUCCAAGGUGGAGAAAUUGUGUCUCAAUUGGAAACAUACUUCGGUGUUAUCAUCAUGGUUAAAAAGUCAACUUGUAGAUGCUCUAAAUGUGCUUGACCUAUCCUUUGACUUUGAUGAUGAUGUGAAUAGGAACUCUACUUUUCCUUUUGAAAUACUUGAGAAGACACCCAAUUUAGAAAAAAUGGAUAUAUCUAAUUGUGGAAGUGUCAAGGAGAUAUUCUGCUCUCAAGAUAUUUCUAGAGUCAGCAGUGGGAUGUUUGGAAAGUUGAAACGAUUGCAACUGUUCAACCUAUUUGAGCUGAACUCCAUUAGCGGGUCAGAGCACCUGCUAAAGCUCCAUCUGUUACAUGUUUCUGGGUGUCCAAAUUUGACAUCUUUUGUAGUACAAUCUUGCUCCAAUCUGAGAGAAUUGCACAUAGGCUUCUGUGAUGGAUUACCAUGUUUACUCACACCCAGAACAGCAAGAUUGUUAUUACACCUCAAGGAGAUAUACAUUUACAAUUGCGACUCAAUGAAAGAAGUAGUGGGAAAAGAUGAGCAAGAUGAAACAGAUGAUAUCAAAUUUGAGCGGCUAGAGAGGAUAAAGUUCCGAUCUUUGCGAAGGCUGGAAAGUUUUUAUUCAGGCAAAGCCACUAUGCAGUUACCCUCUCUGAUUCACGUGGAGAUACUACGGUGCCCCAAGAUGAAAAUUUUCUCUGAUGGCUUGAUAGAUGCAAAAUCCUUUAAAGGAAUUCAAAUUUCCUACGACCGAGAUGAUGAAUUGGUCUUCCAUGAGGAUCUUAAGUCCAGCUUAGAAAUUUUGUUCCUGUAUCAGGGAAGUUUAUCUCUUGGUGAUUAUCCUGAGCUAAACAAUAAAUGGGUUGGUUUGGAGUGCAUCCCAGGAUACUGGUCCUUCAGCAAAUUGAAAUCUUUGGAGGUGGAAGGGUGCAAAUUUUUGUCAGAUGCAGUGUUGCCAUCUCAUUUACUUCCUUUACUAGAUAGUUUGGAAGAGUUGAAUGUGCAGAAAUGUGAUCAUGUUAAGACAGUAUUUGGAACAGAUGCAUGUGCUGAUACACCAACAAAUGAUCCAGAAAAGAUUGUUACACUUCCCUUGAAGAGAAUAAUUUUGAGGCAGUUGCCAACUCUGAGUCAUGUCUGGAACAGGGAUCCAAAGGAAGUCUCAGUCUUCCAUUUCUUAAAGAAGUUAUUGUUGAGGGAUGUAAAAGCAUAA